CUUGAUGCCACGGUCAGAGGGUCUAAUCUACAGCAGACUGCGCCUUUUCCUUCCGCUGUCCACAUCUGAAUCAGCUUACAUCCAACUUAUCGGGUUUGUAACGCAGUUAAUUCCUCUCGGAUUUCUUCACUUAGUCUGUUUCCAGUCUCUUUUCUGCCACUUAACCUAACAAUCGGCAACUCGGUGUUUAAGAUGUGUCAUAUAGCCCUCCAUAACAUGCGCUAAACAAUGUCAUUCUCCAUUGUCCAUCCAAAGGCUCUGUCAGGUGGCAGUCAGAGAAAUGCGAUAUAAAGCUGAUGCUGUGCGGUAACGUAGGAAACUACAGACAGAGGUUGAUGUACACCUUCUGGAGCUGCUCACAUCUCCGACAGGUGUGCAGCUGUGCGCAAAGCGGAUCUGACUGCGGCGCAAAGUGCGUAUUUUUUUCGUGCAGACAGGCGUCCUGUGUGCUUGUCCAACUAAUUAGACAAAACACCGAGUGCGUCUAAGAUGUGGACCUGGGACGCAUGCAACAGCGAGCUCUAAACAUGAGGAGGAUCCGACACCGCGCAAAUAUGGGACUUCCCGUGCUUUUCAGAUGGCUUGUGUUCACAGUGGUGGUGCCUGCCUGGCUGCUUGCUGCUCCAAGCGGCAUUCGUGAGCGUCCCUGCCCCCAGAACUGUAGAUGUGAUGGGAAAAUAAUAUACUGUGAAUCCAAUGCCUUUCGUGAUGUGCCAAGCAAUGUGUCUGUAGGCGCGCAGGGCCUGUCCCUGCGUUAUAACAGCUUGGUGAACCUCAGAGCCCACCAGUUUGCAGGCCUGAGUCAACUGGUUUGGCUCUACCUCGACCACAAUUACAUCAGUGCUGUGGAUGGCCAAGCAUUCCAUGGUAUACGGAGGCUCAAAGAACUGAUUCUCAGCUCGAACAAGAUCACACAGCUAAAAAACAACACUUUCCAUGAUGUUCCUAAUCUACGUAAUCUUGACCUUUCCUACAAUAAACUGCAGGUCCUCCAGCCUAAUCAGUUCCUGGGGCUACGGAAAUUACUGAGCUUACACUUAAGGUCAAAUUCCUUAAAAACUGUCCCAAUGCGAGUUUUUCUUGAUUGUCGCAACCUGGAGUUUCUUGAUAUUGGCUACAAUAGGCUACGGAGCCUCACACGUAAUGCCUUUGCAGGACUCCUCAAACUCAUUGAGCUUCAUUUAGAGCACAACCAGUUUUCAAAGAUAAAUUUUGCUCAUUUCCCCCGUUUGACUAAUCUGAGGGCACUCUAUUUGCAGUGGAACCGUAUCAAAAUGCUAACCCAGGGCCUGCCAUGGAUGUGGACUUCCUUGCAAAAGCUGGACCUCUCAGGAAAUGAGCUCCAAAUGUUGGAACCAAGUACAUUUCACUGCCUCCCUAAUCUUCAGACUCUUAAUCUGGACUCCAACAAACUCAGCAAUGUGUCCCAGCAGACAGUGGAGGCUUGGAUCUCCCUCACCACCAUCAGCCUGGCUGGUAACCUGUGGUACUGUAAUCCCAACAUAUGUCCCCUGGUGGCAUGGCUCAAGGCCUUUAAGGGUAACAAGGAGACCACUAUGAUUUGUGCCAGCCCUAAGGAGGCACAAGGAGAGAAAGUGACUGAUGUGGUGGAGACUUAUAACAUCUGUACAGCAACACCGACCCCCCUUCCCUCCACGACAACACCCCUGACUUCUGCAUAUCAUGCUGAGCUGCUGCCCCUUCCAACACAGUCUGUGGUGGACAAGAAGCUGAUGUGGAACAGGACAGCCUCCCCGACUCCUUCCGAGGCCUCCCCGACCAUCCCUUUACCAGACACUGAGUAUGUCUCCUUUCACAAGAUCAUUGCUGGUAGCAUGGCCCUCCUCUUAUCUGUGGCUAUAAUUUUACUGGUUAUCUAUGUCUCAUGGAAGCGCUAUCCCAGUAGUAUUAAACAGCUCCAGCAACGCUCCGGGGUUAAAAAGCGCCAGAAAAAGACACGGGAGACUGAACGCUCCCUUAAUUCACCAUUGCAAGAGUACUAUGUGGACUACAAACCGUCACACUCAGAGACUAUGGAUGUGCUGGUUAAUGGGACAGGACCUUACACAUACACCAUCUCAGGCUCCAGGGAAUGCGAGAUACCACGGCAGCUGAGUGCUUUGACGUUGUACAGGUGUGAGCAGUCUGUUCUGGAUUAUUGUCAUGCCCGCCUGUCGCUACACCUCAACUUGGGUAUGGAGCCCCCAGUUCAGGCGCUGGGAGGUCUGAGGCCAGCAGGGUACCACCCAGGCCUGAUGGCUGCCGUCCCCUCUGAGCCUGUGCUGCCUUGCCCCCAGACCCACUCCCUUCACCAGUGAGCUGUGCACACUGAAGCUCUGUGUCCAAACCACUGUAAGUCUGCUGCAGGGAAUCAGUGGACCACUCAAAUGAAACACAAGGUUGAGUGGGAGGGAACAGGGACUGGUAAAGAAGCAAAGGAGACUAUUAAUCUACAGCAGAGCAUCCUGCACCAAGGGUAAUGAAAAUGAAAAUAUUUCUCAGUGGAAAUAAAGCAGUGCAGUGGUAUUAAUCAGUGAGCUUCUGACCUACCUGACCCUCAGUGUCCUCAAUUAACAAAGGAGGCUGAACAGCAGCAUGACUUUUCACAUUCUGCUCUGCCUCUCAAGGAGUAUUAAGGCUAAUAAUUUAAUGAUUUGUUAAUCUUAUUAAACAUAUUUCCUUGACUUCUCCUAAUCUGGGGACCCCUCAGCUGCAACAGGUAAAGUAAUCACAUGCAAGCUGGUGUAAACAGCUUGAUAAUCAAUUGAGUUGCAGAACAAAUGAAUGCUCAACUAAGCUAAAAGGUUUUCCGCUGCUUUUUCUGAUCACACUGUCCGUCAGAGGUUUCUCCCUAACUCAAGUUCCUGCAGCAUUUUUCAUCCCCAGAAAUGAACCAUUCAAAUGAAAUUACCCAAGAUGAGAGAAACAAGCCAGAAAAUAACAGACAGUAAUUGUCCUAUAACAUGUACAGCCUACACUUCAUGCCAGCAGUAAGUUUUAUUAACAUGGUGACUCUUGGUUUUAUUAAUGAUUUGUGAUGUUGAUUGCAUUGUAAUUCAUUUAAUUAAGCUGAGAAAUAAACAGAUGAAAAACACCAAGCAUCUUGGUGCACUGGGACAUUUCAAUAUUUACUUUUCAUCAUCCGCUUGAGUCACUCCUGUAGUUAAUGCUUUUGUUUGUAAAUUGUGUGGUUCAACCAAUUAUCUGAUUGUCUAUGUGUGUGCUUUUUACAAGAUGUUGCAUUAUAAUAUAUGUUAAAUAAACCGUGGUAAAUGACCAGUAAGAGUGGCUCAUCAAGAUCAGUGGUAUAUCAACUCAAAGAACUGACUAACAGCUGUUUUUUAUGGCUGAGACUGAAAAGCACAGCACUGAAAGCAAGAUGUUUUAAUAAUGAUAUGUGUCUGGUUUCUGCCUUAGUGAUCAAGACCCUGAUGAUAACUUUCACUUGCUUUGGUCUAAUCCUGUGACUGUGUGUAACCGUUAUCUGACAUAAUACAGUUUACUUGGCUCAUAGACUUUUAUGUUGCUUUCAGGAAUGUAAAGCUAGUGUACAGAGCAGUUUCCAAGUAAGGUCCUUAAUAGACAGCAGCUCUGUGGUCUUCACACACAAAUAGUGUGCCAUGAACAUGGGGAAAGCUAAAUCUGAUAAAUUUGGAACACCUGGCAGCUAGUAAGUGACCGUUAGCUAAACCAGUCCCCUGAACAGCAAUUGUACAGUUGUAUUUUAACAACCAUAAACAGACACUGGGGCCCAUCAAGCUUUGGAUUUCUGCAUGUGUUGAAACCUUUGGCACGGAGCUGGAAGCGUAAUCAUCAGUAUAUAAAGUGUUAGGAGGUGUCAUGUUUUUUUGUCUUUUCAGCAUAAACACAAGAGCUGAAGUAUAAGACUGAUUAAAUGGUGUUUAUCUGCAGUCUAACAUUUGUCUUGUAUGACCAACAAAGCUGCCAAACAGGGUUAAGAUUUUAAAAAGUAAAAAUGUACAAUCACUCUCAUUGAGUACUUAAAGCUAUAGUAUGUAACUUUAGGUAGCACUAGCAUAAAAUUCUAAAUCAAUCCACUCUGCUCCACCCAGCACUCACUCCCCCUGCUCCACUAUGCUCUACUAUGAUCUGCUACACUCCGUCAUGCUCUGCCCAGCUCUGACCAGCUCUGCAGUUAUUUGUCAUUAUGAAAUUACAGUAAACGAGGAUGCAAACUUUUCUCAUCAGGUAAAAAUAAGUGAAGUUCUCUGAUUGGUUAGAGAAGGCAAUGCAACUCAAAAACAUUUUAGAAGUUAAUAUUUCUGCACUGCUGCCCGUGUUGUACAACGAGUCUGGUCACAGGAGGGUUCGACAGCAACUCUCCACAUUAAGUCAAAUUCUAGAGUAGAUGUCUACAUCAAACAUAUUUAAAAAAAGUUAUGUACUAUAGUUUUAAUAUCCAGUACUGUGUCCAUAUGGCUAGGAAAAAAUAGCUCUAUAUUACAAUACAGGAACAAUGCUGUUUCUUUAUUUCCAUAACUUCUACAUUGAUUAUCAGCAGAGGAUGCAGAAUUUUUGCCUGGGACAUGUUUGUAGCUUUAGCCUCAGUCUUUUUGGCAUCAUGUCAUUUCGAAUAUGUAGUCAUCAAGGAGUAAAGGGUUUUUUGCUAGCUUAAUAUGCUAUCCACCUACAGAUGAUGAAAUCUACCAACAACAGUUGUCAUGUCAGCUGGGAAAAGAGAAGCUUGUGUACCACAGCCUGAAAUCAAGGACCCAUUGAUUAAAAAAAAUUACUAAUAGUUUUAAGAGGUAAAUUUGCUCAACAAUAUGAAAGUAAACUGCAACAUGAAAACAAAGAGCUUGACAAGCAACAAACAAGAGGGGCCAGAUUUAGCAAGCAGUCAGUUGAGGCCUAAUUUGUUCUGUGGCUUUUUGCAGUAUUGAUUUGGUAAUCAAAUAAAAAGCCUUUAAAUGUGGGACAUAACAAAUUAAACUAUCUUUACAAAAUUAUCUAUUUUUUGUUUUUUUUUUAUGUAAAUGUUACUUUCCCUGUAUUUCCCUGUUAUUUUUUGUGCGUGUGUUGGGGGGGGGGCAUAAUAUGUUCAAUAUUCUGUCAUAUUUCAAGCUCAUUAUCAAAACUGUGUCCAUCUCCAAUCAUGCAUAAGCUGCAAUCUGAAUAUUUCAAAGCUGAUUAUAUAAUAGCAGCCAUCUGACAUCAUAAUCAUAAAAGAAUGAUGCAUUGUGCACAACUGCACGCUUGUAUGUCAGAUUUUCAAUGAAUCCUCAAUAACAGGCAUUUUGUAAAUGUCUAGUGUUCCCCUGUAAAAAGAUUUUUUUAAAUAAAGGCAGCACAGAAGAUAUAUCAUUAUCUGUGUAUGACAACUUCAUGUAACACAUGACAGAUUCACUCUGCUGGAAAAUUCACUGCUCUGUAGCUGCACACCCAAAACAGUUUAACGACGCUGAUAAAUUGCAUAUACCGCAGUCACUUCGAGUGUUUGGAAGAGUGUUGAGAAUCAGGAGCAGCAAAUGCAACAGAUUAGUAUUCAGACUUAUGUGUUCACAUGCCUUCACACUAACAGGCUGAUGACUCAUGAUACUUCAAUCGAUAACUACAUCUGGAGCUGUUCUGUCUCUACAACCUUACCCACAAACUAGGAACAUUUUUACCCACAGCACGUCUCAAAUUAACCGUGUGACUCAUAGAAACACAAGAGACAUAUGAGAUAUUUCAUUCUGAAGGCUGGAGUCUAAAGCAGAAGGGCUGACUGAUGACUUUUCAGGUCAUGAUAAGAUUUUGUGAUGCAAACAAACUUUUCUAAUCAAGACAUUCUGUCAUGUGAAGGCUUGAAAUGACUCAGCCUAUAAUAAAGUGUCAACCAGAAGAGCCUGAAGAAAACAAAAACACACAACUCUUCACAAUUUUGUGCAUGCACAUUCAUGUCACAGGGUGUCUAGGAAAAAGAACUGUGUCCAAGCCUGGGCAGUGAAGAAACAACGAGCUCUGUGCAGAGGCUGACUGGCUGUUAUUUUCAGUAUGUGGUAUAUUCGAUUCUAUCACAGACUUAAUUUUCAGAAAUGAAAAGUGUCAAGGUAAUGGCAAGAGAUGUUUUUUGGUUUGUUAUUCGCUUGAUAUUUUAUCUGUUUGGACAAUAUAUUGGUCCUUCUGACAAUGUGUUGGCACUUUUUCAGAAAGCGGACACAAGCUAUUUUCU